AUGAGUGAAGACAAAAAAGCUGAGGUGAAAAGUGAAGAAAAGAAGAAUGUGGAGAACAAGAACCAGAAGAAGUCUAAGAAGGUCAAGAAGCAGGGGGAUGUUGUUAAGAGACCAGUUUUACUUGAUCCAACUCCUUCAUUCAUCGACGAGAGAAUGAAGGUUUUCGACGAGUUGAAGGAGAAGUUCAACAAGGAUAUUGAAGCCAAAGAUCACAGCGAAAUUGACAUCACUCUUCCCGAUGGUUCAGUUAAGAAAGGUCAGGCCUGGAAAACUACCCCUCUGGAUAUUGCCAAGGAGAUUGGUACAUCUUUCCAGAAAAGACAGGUUGUUGCCAAAGUUGACGAUGAGCUUUGGGAUUUGAACAAGCCAAUUGAGAAAAGCAGCAAGUUGGUGUUUUUCGACUUCACCACACCAGAGGGCCGUAAAGUUUUCUGGCAUUCGUCAGCCCACAUUCUUGGUGAGGGAUGUGAACGUCACUUUGGUGCAUUGUUGUGCUUUGGACCUCCAACAGAUGAAGGUUUCUUCUAUGAUAUGUCGAUCGACGAAGGAAAAACUUCGGUUGCCCAGCAAGACUUCGCUGGAAUUGAGCAAGCUUGCAACAUGGCAAUCAAGGAGAAACAGCCAUUUGAGAGAGUUGAGGUCACGAAAGCUGACUUGAGAAAGUUGUUCUCCUACAACAAGUACAAGUUGGCAUUGAUCGAAAAGAAGGUGGCUGAGGAUGAGAAGACUACCGUCUACAGAUGUGGUACAUUGAUCGAUCUAUGCAGAGGUCCUCAUAUUGCGGACACAGGUCGUGUCAAGGCCUUUAAGGUUGUCAAGAACUCGUCAUCCUAUUGGUUGGGUGAUAAAAACAACGAGUCCUUGCAGAGAAUUUACGGUAUUUCGUUCCCUGACAAAAAGCAGAUGAAAGAGCACCUGAAGUUUUUGGCUGAGGCUGCAGCUCGUGACCACAGAAAGAUCGGACGUGAGCAGGAGCUUUUCUUCUUCAACGAGAUGUCUCCAGGUUCGGCCUUCUGGCUUCCUCAUGGUACCAGGAUAUACAACACUUUGAUGUCAUUCAUCAGAGGACAGUAUAGAAAGCGUGGCUACCAGGAGGUUAUCACUCCAAACAUGUACAAUGCCAAGUUGUGGAUGACCUCCGGUCACUGGGGUAACUACAAGGAGAACAUGUUCACCUUUGACGUUGAGAAGGAGACCUACGGUUUGAAACCAAUGAACUGUCCAGGACAUUGUUUGAUGUUCAAAGAAAGAGAGAGAUCCUACAGGGAGCUCCCAUGGAGAGUUGCAGACUUUGGUGUUUUGCACAGAAACGAGUUUUCCGGUGCCUUGACUGGUUUGACACGUGUCAGAAGAUUCCAGCAGGAUGACACGCAUAUUUUCUGCACUGAGGAUCAGAUUGGUUCAGAAAUCAUGGGUGUCUUCGACUUCUUGAAGUACGUCUAUGGAGUUUUCGGUUUCAAGUUCCGUAUGGAGUUGUCCACGAGGCCAGAAAAGUACGUCGGUGAGAUUGCCGUCUGGGAUAACGCUGAAAAGAUGUUGAAGGAGUCUUUGAACAACUGGGGUGGAAACUGGGACAUCAACGAAGGUGAUGGUGCUUUCUACGGCCCAAAGAUCGAUAUCAUGAUCUCAGAUGCCUUGAGUAGAUGGCAUCAGUGCGCUACUAUCCAGUUGGACUUCCAACUUCCUCGUAGAUUCGAUUUACAGUACAGAUCCAAUGAUGAGGAUGGAAGUCUCAAGAGACCUGUUAUGAUUCACAGAGCCAUCUUGGGUUCUGUCGAACGUAUGACUGCCAUCUUGACAGAGCACUAUGCUGGAAAAUGGCCUUUCUGGCUUUCUCCAAGACAGAUUCUGGUUGUGCCUGUUGGUGUUAAGUACUUUGACUAUGCCCACGAGGUUCAGCAGAAAUUGUGGAAUGCCGGAUUCUAUGCUGAGGAUGAUCUCUCCGGAAAUACAUUGCAGAAGAAGAUCAGAAACGGCCAGAUGUUGAAGUACAACUUCAUCUUUAUUGUUGGAGAGCAAGAGAUGACUAGUGCUUCUGUGAAUAUCAGAAACAGGGAUAUCCAGGACUUGCAGAAGAAGAAUAACGCUGUCAAACUCGAUGAUGUUAUUCCACAGUUGCAGAAGUUGAAGGAGGACAAGCGUCAAGAUAACAAGUUGAUCUGA